UGAAUGCUAUACCAUGACUGUUGUCGGGCUGACGUCUACCUUGAUAUACACGAUUGGAGUUCUAGACAUCGGAUACCCACAGAUGAUAGCAACCUAUACUUACACUAGCUAUGGAAUGUCCACUCUCCAAGCCGCUGAUAUUACCUCUGUAUUCUGGGGAUGUUACGCAGCAGGGAGGUUACUUGCAAUUUUUAUUGCUCGCAAAUUUCAGCUGAUCCAGCUUAUCGUUCUGGACUUAUUUCUUGAAAUGAGUGCUGGAUUAAUUUUCACAACCUUAUCGAGAGAAAAUGUAGUGUACUUGCACCUUGCUAAUGCUAUACUUGGUUUCGGAACGGCUGCGAUUUAUCCGCUGACCAUCAACUGGUUACGCAGACAUAUAAAUCUUACCAACAAAACUAUUGGAGCUGUAUUUCUUCUAGAAUCGUUUUCUGAAAUGACACUUCCUAUAAUUCUUGCUCAAGCACUGACGGUAAACCAUGACAGUCUUGCGUAUUUCAUGAUCGCAAGUCCGGUUUCGUAUGCCCUAAUGUUUGCACUUCAGUAUGCAUUCACUUACUGGUACCAAAAUAAACACAACAUUUUGCAGCAUGCACCAACAGAUCGAGAAAGGCUUUGGAUGGGUCCACUUGUUCCGAAGUUCUUUGUAAAGAAACCUACCGAGAAAAAACCUGAGUCGGCGCAAGUGCAGCAAGAAAAGACUAUGGAUAUAUUCCAUGAACUGGAUGUCCUAAAAGAAAGAGUGCAAAAUAAAACCGCCGGUAUUAUACGAAGCCUUAGAACACUAGAAUCCACUGGAAUAAGAGUACCGUCUGGUAAUCCUUGUGUUGAAUAAUUCUGAAACUUUAUUAUAAAAAAUAUGUGAUACAACUUUAAGAAAUUUAACUGAAACAUAUCCGUAAUUCUAAAUGUAGAUUUCUUCUAAAACUGUAAAAGAUACAUUUUAAAUAUUGUACAUUUUUCAUACUUACAUAUCUGAUAUAUACGUAUAAAUCCUUUGUUAUUUCAUGUUUAUCAAAGGCAUUUUGACUCACUUGAAUCUGAAUCAUAUCUAAAGGAAAAAGAAAUUAUAAAUGCUUGUAGAAUAAGCACGAAGAUAACAAGAGUUACUUAAAUAUUCUUCUGAGCAAGGAGAAUAUUUUCUUGAGCCUACAGGUGUUCUUGUUAUAUGAAGGGAGAAAGCAUUUUGCUCGAAUUUUGCUAUUGUAACAUUUGUGAAAUCAUUUAAGUUUAUUCAUUCAGCCUGUAAAAUGAUUUCUUUUGUCGCACAAUGUAAAAUGCAUUUAUUCCUUUUCCUAAUUAUGGAUUGCUUUUAUGUCUAACUGCUUGCAGAAAUAUCCAAACUUCUUCCAUGAAGUUCCAUAUAAUAUCUUUGAAUUG